UGUGCGUGAAGCAGGACCUCGGAGAUUAUUAUCAACUGUUUGUUUCCUUAGACGACAAUUCAUUACGUUCGGCAAAACAGGAAGGAUCUGAUAGGGAAGAAUUUGUUUGCUCCUGUAAUAAUGAUUUACAAUAUUGUCGAAUAUACAUGGAAAAAAUUGUUUGUACUUAUCUGUGAAGAUGAUUAUUAUUUUCAAGUUUAUGGUCUUUUUUCUUGGAUAACAUUAUUAUAUUUUACUAUUGGAUUAAUGUUUACGUACACGGAUGUAACAGGAAAGCCAGAAGCUUUAGUACGUCUAAGAAUACAAAAUACUAAUGCCUUUCCAGUGAAAAUGUCAACAGUUUAUCGGGUGGUUAAACAGGUGUCGGUGAAUCAUUUUCUUAUCACGUUCCCAUUCAUUCAUUUUGGUCACAAACUUUUGAAAUGGAGAGGAAUAGAAAGUGUAGAAACAAUUCCAAGUGUUCGAUCGAUAAUUGUAGACCUUAUGUUUUAUUACAUCAUAUAUGAAUUCUUAUUUUAUUACAUUCAUAGGUUGUUACAUCACCCUAAACUUUAUAGACACAUUCACAAACAACAUCACGAGUGGACCGCCCCCAUCGCUAUAACAGCAAUGUAUUGUCAUCCUAUAGAGCACUUGUUGGCUAAUGUGAUUCCACUGUACAUUGGUCCAUUGCUGAAGAAGAGUUUUCCAUUUACCAUCUUUCUAUGGUUUACUACAUCUAUUAUCAUAACAUUGAUCGAGCAUUCUAAUUAUCAUCUUCCAAUUAUAAAACUAAGCGAAACGCAUAAUUUUCAUCAUAAGAGGUAA